AUGGAUAAGAUAUUUAAAAAAUUAGUGAAGGGUACGAAUUUUAAAAAUGGACCUUCUUCCGGUGUUUUCGUGUUUCGAGAUGGAAAUGAUAAGGAAGCCGAUUCUGGUGUUUUUGAUGAGGAUUCCAGCGUCGUUUAUGCCUCAGGAGAAGAUUUUAAGGAUUAUACGCCUCUAGAUUCUUUUUCGUCGCUGGAUUCCUUAACCACCGAUGAGAUGAUGAGCCAAAGAGCUAAAUUUAUUUCAAAUUCUAUAAAAUCGAAGUUCAAUUUUGAUAAAUCGACGCCAAUUCAGAGAUAUGUAAUACCGAUAAUGAUGAAAGGGAAUGAUGUGGUAGCAGUAGCACCUACGGAAAUUGGAAGAUCAUCUGAGUGUUAUAAUAAUUGUGCCGACGGUGGAGUUGGUACAGCAAGUGAAAUCAGAAUUUGUGAAAACUUCAGUAUCGCAACACUUGAAAAGAAUAUGAAAUCAUUCAACUUCUCAAUCGCAGUCACAACUCCACUGACUCUCUACACACUAUUACAUACCAACACAAUUAACACGAGUAUGACGGGAUUGAAGUGUGUAAUAUUGGAUGAGUGUGACAAGUUGUUGGAGGAAGGAUAUAGUGAGAAUAUUGAGUACGUGAUGAACCAUUUAAAGGACUUUAAAGGAAUUCAAAAGGCCUCUUUUAGCUCAACAGUACAAUCUGAAGUCUUAUUAUUAUCGAAAUCGCAUUUCAAUAAUCCAAUACAUAUUACUAUUGGUAAAGAAAAUGUGUGUUGUUGUAAUGUAGAACAGGAACUAAUAUGUGUUACAAACGAUAAAGGGAAAUUAGUGAUAUUGAAGCAGCUAAUAAAUGAUGGGAAGCUACUUCCUCCGAUAUUGGUUUUCCUGCAGAGUGUUAAUAGGGUCAACGACUUAUAUAAUGAACUUUCACAGCUGAACUUAAACGUUCAAAAGUUCACUAAACAGCUUACUUUAAAACAACGACAAAAUAUCAUACAAAAAUUUAGAAUUGGGCAAAUAUGGAUUUUGCUAUGUACUGAUAUAUUAUGCCGUGGAAUAAACUUUAAAGGAGUUCAUUCAAUAGUGAAUUAUGACUUGCCAUUGACGCCCCAAGUGUAUAUUAACAGAGUCGGAAGAGCUGGAAGAGGUACGAGACGCGGAAAAUCAGUCACCUUCUUCACCAUUAACGAUUUUAAAAUCCUGAACCAUAUUGUGCAAAUUAUGAAAUUGUCCAAAUCCAACGUACCAAAUUAUCUGCUGACACUCAAGAAUAUUGAUAUCCAAGGUAUAGCAUUAUUAACUAGUGUAAUUCUAUAUUAA